UUGGAACAAUCCCCACGUUACAGUGGUGAGAUGUCUUCCUUACUAUUUAACUGAUUUCGAAACUGAUUGACUGUAUCAAUCGGGAUUUUCAUAGUUAUUUUUGCAGACAUUCGUAUUUUUACAACUGGGUCUUCCUCACAAGUGAAACGUAGUGAAAAUCUCGCUAAUACUAUCACAAAGAAGUUGGCUAACUUAGCUCUAAAGCUAGUAACUUAGCCAAGCUGACGUUAGCCCUCAAGUUUGUAAGCUGAUCAGUCAAUGAUAGAAUCUCGUCAAACAGAAAAUAAUAGAAAUGAUUAAACAGAUGGCGUAAACGCUUGUCACUUCACAAAUGAACACUUAACCCCGGAAGGUACUUUACUACCUUCUAAAUUUUGCGUGGAACUUGGUCGACGGCUUUACCUACUUCACUUGGAAUGUCGUGUAGGAACGGAAUGGUGCGGGGACUGGGAGGUAACCCUGGUCCGCAGCCUCUUCGUGCCACAGUUCCUUUCCAGCUCCACAACAAAGUUCAACCACAGUCCAAAGAUGCAGACCGGAACAAGGCCAGGCCCCCGAAGCCCACCCUACGCCGAACGCUGUCUCUGGACGCACUGGUGGCCCCCUACCUGCAAGGCCAGUGGCCAAAGGAGCCCGAGGGGCUGCCUGUCAGCAGCGUCAACGAUAAGGCCACACAGACUCCCAGUUCCUGGGCGGAGGAGGGCAGAGGGAGGAGAGGAGGUGGCGGCCACAAGCGCUCUGCAUCCUGGGGCAGCGCGGAACACCUGAGGGAGGUAGCCAAGCUACGCCAUUCGUUACAGAAGCGCUUUAGGCACGCCCCUCCAGCAGGAAGCAGUGAAAGGCCCUCCCACCCACUCCCUGGCACCCAUGCCCCCGGAGCCACACAGACCGUUCCACUGACCCCCUUGAAUCGCCUGGCCCCGCGCCUGAGGAGGAGUGUGGAGGGGCUCAACCUGGAGUUGGAGGGAGUGUUUGUGUCCGAGGCGCCAGAAGAACAACACCAGAUUCUGGACGCCCCAGAUGGCCACCGGGCCCCUGUCCCAACGCAGCGGUGCAGCAGUGGCUCUCAGAGCGACCCCUCUCCUGCCCAGCUCUCUCCCUCCCACUCCCCCUGUCCAAUGACUGACCCCGACAUGGUGGUGUGUGGGACCCUGUGCCCCUCGCCGUCUCCCUCCCCGCCGCCUGACGUGGCGCAGCCCUCCUCCCUCCUGCCCUCCUUCUCCCCGCGGCCCAACAAGACCUACGCCUUCCAGAGGGAGCCCCCCGAGGGCUGCGAGAAAGUGCGCGUGUGGGACGAGGCCGCAGCCGCCUCUCAAGGGGAGCCCCUCCUCCUCUCCCCCUCCUGCCCUGACCCCAAUAAGGUCAACUUCACCCCACACGGAGGCUCUGCAUUCUGCCCCGUCAGCCUCCUCAAGCCCCUCCUGCCCUCCAUGGACCUGCUCUUCCGCGGCCUCUCCGUCUCGCCGGUCACUGGCUGCUCAGGACAAAGCCCCACCCCUUGCCCAGCAUCGGGGCAUGCGGUUGGUGGGUACCUGAGCGGGCCCCUCCAAGACCCCACCAGCUCAACCAUGUAGCAGUGAAUUGACCACAGCUGGAGCAAUAGUGGGCUGAUGGACAACGGAUGAAAGAUGGCCUACUUUUUUUUUUUUGCCCACACAGCUUUUGAAUAGAAACCCUUAUGAAUAGACAUCUGGAUCACUAGUGAUAACGUAUUGCUUCCAAAAUGCAUCAAACCUCACAGAGGAGAAAACCAAUGACCAUACCUAGAAAAGCGAUCACGAGCAGUAGCAUGGCUAGUGGACACAUGUGGAAGGUUUCUCCACACAGUGAUGAAGCACUAAGAUUGGGUAUCCGUCUCAGGACAAACUCCUCAUGACCUUUCUAUGUCCUUGGAUUGGAUGUUGGUUCCUCUUAAUCUCUGCUCAAAUUUGGGAGGGCUGUUACUUUUCUUUCAUUUAUACAAGAGCAGAUAUUUAUGUGCCACCUUCUCAUUUUCUACAAUAGUGCUAUUUUUCUGAAACAGUAAAAGACAUACAGUACAUGUGGCCUCAAUAUCCCUUUUGGCACAUAAACUGUAGACCAGACCUUGUGACGUGCAGUCAAGCUGUCAUGAUGAAACGGUACAGCCAACCUCAUGGUGGCAGAUGGGAAUGGCCCGGCCAACAAGAAUCGGCACAGACUGGGAGUGAUGGGAUUCAAGCAGAACUGAACUGAACGCCUCUUAUGAAACUCGCUAGCAGUCUGGCCUUCCUGAAAAUACAUGGGCUGGACUGCUAUUUUCUCCAAAUCUCCCAACCCCUGCUGAAUUAGGUGUUUUAUAUUUUCUCUGCCAUUGUGAACAUUCUGGGCUAGUUCAGAAAGGGUUGGUCAUUAUUCAGGGUGAGUUUGGUCAGGCUUCGUUUUACAUUGAGUGUAUUCAGUAUCCCUCCCUGCUUACCUGUAACCAUAAGCUAAACUCUGAGGUAAAGUUUGCAGCUUCGAAAGUCACAGACAACACAGAGCAGCAGUACUGGCCAGAGUUGUAGUAGUAGGAGUCAAAGUCAAACGCUAAAACAGCCGGCCCAGUCUGAUCAAACCUACAAAAAGCUCCUCAGUUUUUGAAAAGUAUGUGGUAAUGUGUGGUACACAAUUUUAAUCUAUAAUCAUUCUGUUAAAAUGCUGUCUGGAAUGAAAGGUUAUUUUUUUAAUGAUUUGGCCUAGUUAAUGAUGACACAUUUGUGAAGACUGUAAGCAUUGCUUUGUGAAACGUGUGGCCACCUGCUGUAACUUUGGUGCUACUGUGCCUACAGACACACCUGUUUGGUGCCUUUUUAUUCUUUUUUUAUGGGGUGUUUAUGAUGAUUGUUUUUAAGAGCCAAAAAUAUGAAAGGGACAUUUCAUAAAACAAUUUGUCAUUUUAGGAGGUGUCUGUUCAGUAUGAGGGCUACACUUGUCUAUCUUAGCAUCCAAAGAAUCUAUUUAAGCACGUUUAGGCAGUAUGGUUGCCUCAUGAAAAAACAUGACCAUAGUUAUACAGUAAGUAUAGCCAUGUUGGAAAAAACUAGUACAAAGUUGUAUUUUGUUCUCUGUUGUCAUUGUUAGUGUUCACUUUAGUGUUUGCAUCUGUAAUACGAUAUACAUUUUUGUAUAUAUUUUUUCACAAAUCUAGUGUAGCAUACAACAAGGCUGUAUCAUCAGAGGGUAUGCAUAUUUCUGUUUGUUGAACAAGAGCACUUAAUCUUGUGGUAGUUUUCCACAAGCUACCAUAUUCAUUCUUCAGUUGAAAAAAAAAAACCUUUGAAGGUGCAGUCAUGGUUGGAUAUGAAGGCAAGCUUAUCCUUCAGUAUUGUUCAUCACCUUUGAGUUUGAACCGUUCUUUCAGAGCACAACAUUUCAGUCAAGUGUAUACUGUUGUAGAUGUAUUAGUUAAGAUAAUGUUUUGAGGAAAAAUAAUGUUUCGCGUGCUUCUCCAUACAAUCAGUCGUUUUGCUUGCAAAUUGUUUACACAUUGGUGGUUCAAGGUUGUCUUCCAAGUUGCUGUACAGCAUAUUUUUCAUGUAUUGCAGAUAUUGGAAAUUUGUGUUCAGGCUGUCUUUAGAGUUCAGCUGUGUUAAUAAUUUGAGUCAUUUGACGAAUUAAAAGACAGACUUCUAACUUUGAA